AUGUCGUCUUCUGGGGUUGUGGGGUUAGUGCUUCUACUGUGCGUUACCAUUUUGGCGCUCUCGUUGGUUUACAUAUGGUCGUUUUGUUACUUGACGAAGCACCGGGGCGGCGGCAACGCCGGCGAGGCGGCAGUGGAGGCGGUGAAGGACGGUGGAGAAAUGGGGCUCACGGCGGCGCAACUGGAGAGGCUACCGAGAAUCAGAGGCGAUGGCUUGGCGGUGGGGAAUGAUUGUGCUGUGUGUUUGGAUGGAAUCGAGAGCGAUCAGGUGGCUCGGAUGGUUCCCGGGUGUAAGCAUGUGUUCCAUCUGCAAUGCGCCGAUACGUGGCUGUCUAAGCACUCGGCUUGCCCGCUUUGCAGAAGUAAGAUUGAGCCGGAGCUUCUUGACCCAUCCGAAGAUAGCCCGUGUUAA